UCUUUCAGCUCUGCUGUCCCAGAAGGCGCAAUUGGAGGGCAAAACCAAUGACGCUCCAACAUUCUCUCAAAGUACUAGUAGCAGCACAAUGCAAAAGUCAACAGCACUAUCAAAAGCAGCCCUCUCCCUGACCACUAGCCAGCUAGCUAUCGACAAUAGAGCAAUCCAAUGUUUGUGAAGAAGGACCACCGAAAGAUUCCUCGGAUCCUAGCGGACGGGCAAAAGGCGAUUGAUGAGAAGAACGAGGAUGACUAUCUGCGAGACUUGCGGUUGGCUCGACGUCAAAAUGAGUUGAAUGGCGAUGUCCGCAUUCUGUGUCAACCCCAAUCGGCAGCUCCAUUGCAGCAUCUGGAGACGUUGUCUCUUUACGAUUGUCAAAUCUCCAAUUUGAAUGGCAUUGGCAUGUUGGAAGCAUGCCCCAAGUUGCAGACGCUCAAUUUGGGCCGAAAUCCCUUGGGCGCUCUCCCGGAAGAGAUUAGCAAGCUGGCGCCAUCACUGAAAGAACUCUUGCUGGACGAUUGCGGCUUGGAGGGAUCACUUGCUCCGUGUAUUCUGGAGCUGGAGAAUCUGGAAAUACUCCGAUUGAGCAAUAAUAAGAUCACAGAACUGCCCAGGGACAUUUGCCUCUUGACGAAACUACAGGUUCUUGCCUUGGACCGCAAUCAGCUGGAAAGCGUACCUUCAGAGCUUCAGGAUUUGACAGAUCUGAAAACACUGCUAUUGCGGCACAAUCAAAUUGAAGAAUUGCCGGAUGGAGUACCUGGAUCCUCCCUUCUCAAUCUGACUUUGCUGCAUAUUUCAUCCAACAAACUCAAGGCAUUGCCAGACUCCCUGGUCGACUGCACUACCAUCACUCAUCUUUAUGCCAACAGCAAUCAAAUCAAGCAACUACCAAUUGGCAUGGAACGAAUGACAAACUUACAGAGACUCAACCUAGGCCACAAUCAAAUUGAAUCUUUGCCGAGUGACUUCAUCGAGGCGUUUGGGGAACCGGAAAGGGAGCGUCCAGAGGCCCUCUGUGUGGGUGGGAAGAACGAAAAACCACCAGAAGUUGUCCUUGUUGGAAACCAAGUGAUCAAGGCGAAACGAGGCAAAACAGGCGGCCAAGACGAUGUUGUGCCGAUGGAUAUUGAUCCUACGAGUACUAUCAACGGUGGUGUUGUAGAGGCGAGCUCUGUUGCCAUCGAGACGACGGCGGCAUAGAGCUAUUAAACAAUCUACUUUUUCUACCCCAUCGAAGUAUAAUUCCUGACCUGACCGAUUACGUUCCAAGCAAGUUGGGACCUAUUUUUUAUUCUUCUGCAGCGGUAAUUGUACGGUAGAUAGCCAAUCCAUGUUUUUAAAGUUUAUAAUCCGAGUCGGAGUCGAGUCGAUCAAUAUCGGGGUUAUUGUAAUAAGCUCAUAGUAUUCUAUUGUAUGCCGUGU